AUGCUCUCUUGUCUCAUCCCAAUUUUUCAGGUUUUUCAACUGGUUAUUACUGCCGUUGCAUCUGCAGUCUUGCUCGCGUUGGCUGGUUUAACCCUCGCCGGCACAGUCGUGGCAUUAAUCGCAGCCACACCGAUUUUUGUUAUAUUUAGUCCGGUUCUCGUACCAGCAACUAUAGCUACCACUCUCCUAGUCACCAAUAUCUCGGCCAGUGGCUUCUUCGGAGUGACGGCGAUUGGUCUCAUCAUAUGGCUCCUUAAGCAUAGAAUGGGAGUAAAACCGAAGAAUAAUCCACCUCCGGCAGGAUCUCCACCAACCGGAGCAGCUAAACCAGCAGCGAAGCCAGCUGAAAAACCAGCUGGAGGGCCAACAGCCGGAGGACCAACAGAUAAGCCGGCUGGAGGACCAGCUGAUAAACCAGCAGGUGCAUCACCAACAGAUAAACCAGCAGGGGGAGCACCAACAGAUAAACCAGGUGGAUCACCAACAGAUAAACCAACAGAUAAACCAGCAGGUGAAGCACCAACAGAUAAACCAGCAGGUGGAGCGCCAACAGAUAAACCAGGUGGAGGACCAACAGACAAACCAACAGAUAAACCAGCAGAUAAACCAGCCGGGAAGAAGAAAGAGAAGAAACCGCCGGCGUUUUUCUCCUGGUAG